AGGGGAACAAUAUUUGUGUCAUUCCUUUUACAAAGAGAGAGAUUCAAGAGAAAUUACGGAUAUAAUUUAUAAUUUAUUAGGAUCAUCAAGCGUAUAUGGAAGGAGCUAAUAAUAACAGAACAAUAUUUGUGAGGGGCCCACAGUUCUGUUCUCCUCGGCCUCUUCAACUAUCGAUGAAAAAGAAAAAUUACUUCUGUGGUGGCUAUGGAUAUGCAGUUAAAGAUGCUUAUGGUAAUCUCAUCCUCACUAUUAAAGAAGUGUUGGGAUUCUUUAGUCGUAGCAAGGUGCUCAUCUUUGAUGCUGCUGGUAUACCAAUUCUCACCCUAAAAAGCAAGAAGUUUACGUGGCAUAACAGAUGGCAAGCGUUUAAGGGUGACAGCACAAAUAAAAAGGACCUCAUAUUUAGAGCUAAGACUCCUUCAGUGUUCCAAUUCAAAACAAACUUGGACAUUUUCUUAGCCAGUAAUGUAUCAGAACAAAUUUGUGAUUUUAGAUUGAAGGCCAACUACAUGGAGUCAAAAUGUGAUAUUUUUGCUGGACAGUCAUCCACUCUAAUAGCUCAGGUAAAAACUAUUUCAUGCUCUUUUUAUGUUUGCUAGAAAGAGAAUACUUAUAUGAUAAUUAAACCAAACAAGUACAUAUUACUACUAUAUAUAAGGGACAAUAAAAGGGUAUUUGUAGUC